AUGGCUCUGUCGAAUAUCUCCCUGUGGAUUCGGGAUGCCUGGGCAGUAGCUGCACCAGGAGGGGACCUCGAAAGCAAGAAAGCCGCCCACGCCAAGCUGUCAUGGCAGCAGCCGGUGAACGUCUUCCUGGCGGCUGGGCGCCCCGCGGGGCUGGAGCAGCUGCACCAGGAGGCCCAGCUCAACCUCCAGAGCUUGCUGCAAGAGGAGUAUGAGGAGCAGUACGCCGAGAGCAGGGUCACCGGGCAGACCUUCCGCGCCGCCGGUCACCUGCCUCCCAACACCCCCUCGACAAGGCCCGGGGGGAGUUCUUUGUGUCCUACCCUCGUCCCUUUGGUGGGUCACAUGCCUUUCAUCCCACAGCCCCCAAGCCGGCGAGCAACCGAAGAGGAGACGGCUGGCACAACCGUGCUCGGCUCUCGGCUGCCCGACGCCUCCCUGAGCCUCCCCACCAGCCCGGACAAGCAGCCAGCCUGGACCAGGGCCUUCCCCCUGCCCACCGUGGAGGAGAAGCAGUGGCACCAGUCCUGCUCCAUCCAAACCAACAUCGUCCCCAUCAAUGUCUCGGAGACCGCGAUGAACCCCAAGUCCACCCUGCGGCGUAGACGGACCAUUAUCGGAUUCCCUAACCUGUCCCUGCGAGACCAAGGUGGUGCCAACGGACCCACAUUCAACACACACGUGCCCAUCGCCGAGUCCCUCUCCUGCAGCUUCGUGCCCGAGGCCGCGAGCGGGGGGAAGGCGCCCCAAGAGAUCAGCCCCCGCCAGCCCCUCUCCGCCCCGCUGAGGAAGACCUUCAGCGACCUCGGGGCCCGCUGCUGCCAGCCACCUGCUGCCAUGGACAACGCGGCCACCCCCUGCACCAGCACCUGCAACGGGCCGCAGGGCACCCCCUUCCCCCUGCCCUGGAGCGCCCUGGGCUACACGAGUCCCCCCAGCCCCGUCGCCGGCCAGGGCAAGGGGCCUGCCUGCGCCUCGCCAGGUGGCUCAAGCCCAUCGCCCAGCCCGAGCUCACCCGCCACCGCCGCCUCCUUCUUCAUCGCCACCGAGGAGCGAAUGGGUAGCAACGGGCCCGGCUCCUUCUCUGGCACGGUGCCCGAGUCCCCCCCCACCUCCGGGGGUGGCCAGAGGUGCGAGGGCCGAGAAGCCAAGGUGAACUUCUUGCCAGGAAGCCAAGAGGAGCCAGAGCCGGCGGCGGAGCCAGCCCGGCUGGAGGUGGAGCGGGCAGGGUGCCGGUUCCGCGAGCGGUCGCUGUCGGUGCCCACCGACUCGGGCUCCCUCUGCUCUGUGGACAUAGCGUACUCCGAGACCCGGCGGGGCAGCGGGGGCGUGGGGGGGGAGCCCGGCGGCACGGCCACCCCACACCAGUGGCAUCUUGCGGACUGGAAGGCCAGCAAUCCCUACCGGUCCCUCUCCAGCUCGAGCACGGCCACAGGGACCACGGCCAUCGAGUGCGCCAAGGCACGGGGCAGCUCCGAGUCCCUCACGUCCCCCUCCGUCUCUAGAGCCACGACACCCUCCCAGCUCUCCGCCGAGGCAGACCUCAAGACCUCCUCCCCAGGCAGGCCCACAGGGCUGAUGUCCCCAUCCAGCGGGUACUCCAGCCAGUCGGAGACCCCGACUCCCACCGUUCCCACCUCCGCCAUCCUCGGGCACUCCCCACACCAGGUGCGGGUGAGGCCACUGGUCCCCGAGAGGAAGUCCUCGCUGCCCCCCACAUCCCCCAUGGAGAGGAGCCCCAAGUCCAGGCUGUCCUUCGACCUGCCAUUCACGCCGCCUGCCCACCUUGACCUGUCGGGGCUGAAGAUCUCCCUGAAGGGGAAGACAAAGGUCAGCCGGCACCACUCCGACUCCACCUUUGGCACCAAGCUGGCCCAGAAGACCAGCCCCAUCACACCCAUCAUGCCGGUGGUCACGCAGUCCGACCUGCGCUCUGUCCGCCUCCGCUCCGUCAGCCGCUCGGAGCCGGAGGACAACGCCGACGGCCUGGCGCACGCCGCGGAGACAAAAAAAAUGCCCAAGCCCUCUGGGAGGAGGGUCCCGUCCCCAAAAAAACCGCCGCUGGCCAAGCGGCCCCCGAGCAUCCUGCCCAAGCCCCCAGCUCUGCGGGAGGAGGGUCCCCUGUCCCCCACGUCCCCACCAGGCGCCGCCAGCAAGGAGAGGGGGCUGCUGCAGGACGGCUUUGUGGUGCUGCGGAAAGGGGAGCUGAGGAGGGGUCCGGGGGAGCCCCUCUUGCCCCUGACCCCGGCGGGACCCCGGCGGCUCUCGCAGGGGAGCCUGGAAGAUGAGCCGCGGCCGGAGCGGAGCAGUGCCAGUGAGGGGGAGCGGAAGAAGGCCAAGGUGCCACCGCCGGUGCCCAAAAAACCCAGCGUGCUCUACCUGCCACUUGCCCCGGCCCCGGCGCAGCUGGGAGCUGGCGUGGUGGACCAGGCACCCACCCCGAGUCCCAUCAUCACGCUGGAUGCUGACCCCACCUGCUGCAACCCCAACGCCGAGGACCCACCGUCCCCAGAGACCCUGGGCACAGCACAAGCCGGCGACCCCGCCUGGGAGCAAAGCAGCUCAGCAGAGGCCGGCACAGAGGAGAAGAGCUUUGCCAGUGACAAGACGGCCGACUCCAUCGCGGAGGAGGACGACGACGUGUUUGUGACGUCCCGCACCACGGAGGAUCUCUUCACCGUGAUCCACAGGUCGAAGAGGAAGGUCUUGGGGCGGAAAGAGCCUGGUGACACCUUUGGCAGCCGGCCCAACUCCCACUCGCCCGUAAAGACUUCAGGCUCCCCGACCGGCGAGUCCCUGGCAGCAGCAGGCAGCACCGGGAAGUCUUCCAGCAGGAACGAAGACUUUAAAGCCCUGCUCCAGAAGAAGAGCAGCAAAACCAGCCCCGGUACCCGGCCAUCUGCUGCCGAACUGCUCAAGACCACAAACCCCCUGGCUCGGAGGGUCAUGACAGAGUUUGCCCCCGAGCUAGAUGGUGCAAACAGCCCCAAAAGCCAGCCCUAACCUUGCAUGGUCCCUUCUGGCCAUGAAGGGCUAGAGAUGGCUGCAGAGGGAGUAUUGCUGCGGAAGGGGUGUCCUGGCUGCCUGGGUGAGUCCAUGUGUCCUGCCGGGGGUUUUCUUCUGCUUUUGUUUCUUCCUUGGAGAACCGCCGGCAGAGAAGCAGCGUUUGGAGCCCAAGCCCCCCGUGUCUCUGGCGGAGCUGGGCCAUUUCCAGGAGGGAAGAGGUGGCACCAGGGCUGGGACCGUCCCCCGGCUGAGCCGGCUCCCAGGACCAAAGGCACCUGCUCAGGAAGCAGAGCGGGACUGCAGCCCCUGGCGUUGCUCAGCGCCUGCAGCGAAGCUAGCUUGAAACUGUUUGGUCACUUCGGCAUGUGGUACUUUAAAUGGCUUUUCUAAUGCACAGUGGUGAUGAUGUUUUAUUCUCUUUCAUUUGACAUUGUACCUUGAGUUUCCCAGGCAAAGAUCCCGGGUUUGAGUUCGGCUGGAUACACAGAGAUGUACUUUGGGAAGACGUAAGGGGGCCGGCUGGAACUGAGGUUGCUUUGGAAGAGCCACAAGCGGUUCCCCCUCGUCGUCUUGAGCACCCUCCCCGCCACACGGGGAACAGGCACCCCGGCGUCCGCAGCCAGCGUGACGACCUCAAGCCAAAACGCAGCCCCUCGAAAGCCCCCAAAAUGCUGCAUUUCAGAGCUCCUCAGCUCUCACUCCAA